AUUUCGUUAUCCGUUUGUAGACGUUGCAAACUCCUCACUUCCACUUGAGCAUGGCUUCGUCUUCCUCGACUCUGCUCCUUCCACUUGGUUCUUCUGGAAAAAGGAUAUCUGCAAAUUAUCAAGGCAUUUCCUGCGCAAAAGUUCGGGGUGUGCUUGUGCGAUGUUCAAAUUCAGAACUUACUGUUAAAGCUGCAAGAUCAAGAGGAUAUAUGGAUCAGUUCUGUUUAACGAAACGAAGAGAUAUGAUUGGGUUGCUUCUUGGAGUUUCAAGCCUUGUGAUAGACUCAUUUGAAGCAGAGGGAGCUGGCUUACCCCCAGAAGAAAAGCCCAGGCUAUGUGAUGGUUCUUGUGAGAAAGAGCUUGAAAAUAUACCUACGGUAACUACAGAGUCCGGUUUGCAGUACAAGGAUAUAAAAGUUGGUCAAGGCCCCAGCCCACCAGUUGGAUUUCAGGUGGCGGCGAAUUAUGUUGCCAUGGUUCCAUCUGGACAAAUAUUUGACAGUUCCUUGGAGAAGGGUCAAGUUUAUAUAUUUCGUGUUGGCUCUGGUCAGGUGAUCAAGGGACUUGAUGAAGGGAUCUUAUCCAUGAAAAUAGGAGGGAAGCGCCGACUCUACAUCCCAGGAUCGUUGGCGUUUCCCAAGGGUCUCAAUUCAGCUCCAGGAAGGCCAAGGGUGGCUCCAAGUAGUCCGGUCAUUUUCGACGUGAGUUUAGAAUACGUACCAGGCCUUGAAAUUGAGGAAAUUGAGGAAGAGUAAGAGAACAGAUACCUCCCUUCUUUAAUUUAUCUUUUCUUAGUUGUGCCAUUUUUUUCUAAACAGUGGAGCCACAAAGGGAACCAUGAUGUAAGGACUUGCAUUGAAUAUGCCAAUUAAUUCAUCUUUUUUCUGUUUCAA